AAACGAUAAUUUUUCACAAUUAGAAGGAAAUAAGGCGCAUGGCAUUAAUUAGCCUAUUAAUUGGGGUGUUUUAAAAAUCGUCUCCACCAAUGCAUGCGAGGAAGUCGCUCGUUUAGUGGACGGGGGUUACUAAUGCGUCAGUUUUGCGAUUAAUUAGGCGCUUUUACAGCUCGUCGGCUCGGUUUUUUCUACCAAUACAAAAAAAUUCUAGGUCCGAAAGCCCUGUGAGAUACGUCCAAUAUACUAUGAUGGAGGGAGUACUUCUAUAUGCACGUGUAGUGUGAAUGUUAUUUUUCAGACCAUCUCACAACCAAUUAAUAACUACCUAGGCUCCAGAGAAUUUUCAAACACGUCUGUGACGGAGGAAGUAUUUUUUAUGACAUUUAAAUUAUAAUUUUCUAUUUAAAUCUAUAGUCAAAAUUUAAUUCCAAAUACGAGAAGCCCUAAUAAACCGAGACGGGGAUAGUACUUUAGCAAUGUCGCAAUCAAGAUAUGUCAGUGCAGAAAAUACAAGCCAGGUCACUAGUGAGCUGCCUCUUGCUGAUGCUAUCCCAUAAGAAGCUAAUUAUUGCACAUAUCUCAAUAAGAAGCAAGAACUGGAUCUACAAGUUUUUUUUUCUGAAAUGGUGUAGGUCCAUAUAAAGCUAAUCAUAAACAUUUACAGUAUCCCCAGGGGAAAAACAUUACCGCUGGAUGUAAAGAAGAAAAAAAGAUAGUCAAAGAAAACAGAAGAAAAAUGGAAAGCCAAAUAGUAGCUAGUGAAAACAUUUCCUAUCAAGGCGUACAAAAGAAAAAUCCAUCGUUCCGGAAGAAACCGGAAGAAAAAUGGAAAGCCAAAUAGUAGCUAGUUACGCGCGCCUUGAUAGGAAAUAAAUGGAGCAAAUUAAAUCUCCAUGAAUGAUUAGAGAGGGUGAAAGCGACGUGAUUCUUCCCCACACGUCCGAAAGGAACUGCAAGCGGCUGUUGGCUGCGAGUAUGCUUACCUUGGUUGUUUGAUUCGCGGGCAACAGCUCAUCGAGAGCGAGCGUCAUGGCGUCUCUCACGCUUCCCGCCCGCGCGCUUCUUCUCCUGGCGGCUCCCUUAUAUAAACCGAGUUCCUCCGCGUGCAUUAAUUUAUCCGACGGCGAACUCCAUGCACGCCCACUCUCACCCACACACACUCAUCGACUGAUACUGCAUUCGCUCUCCGAGUGUAGUGAGGCGGCCAUUGCCCUAGCUAGCUAGCUAGCUGAUCGAUCAAUCAGUCAAUCAAUGUCUGGGCAUGGGUCGUCGGGCAAGCACCCCUUCUACCGCGGCAUCCGGAGCCGGUGCGGGAAGUGGGUCUCGGAGAUCCGGGAGCCGCGGAAGGCGCGCCGCAUCUGGCUGGGGACGUUCCCGACGGCCGAGAUGGCCGCCGUGGCGUACGACGUGGCCGCGCACGCGCUCCGCGGGCCCGACGCGCCGCUCAACUUCCCCGCCUUAGCCGCCGCGCGCCGCGCCCCGGCGUCCACCACCGCCGACGACAUCCGCGCGGCGGCGGCCGCCGCAGCCGCCUGCAUCCAGCACGAUCGCGCCGGCGGCGGCAUUGCCCCCGCGGCUGCUGGAUCCGCGCUGCAGCAGCAGCUGGGUGGAGGCAGUGGCGCCGCUGCGUCGGCGAGCGGCACGGCCCAGCAGGAUCAAGCCGGCAUUGGGUUCAACCAGUUCUUUCUCGACGAGGAGGCGCUCUUCGAGACGCCGCAGUUCCUGCGCAACAUGGCCGCCGGGAUGAUGAUGAGCCCCCCGAGGCUCAGCCCCGACUCCUCCGACGAAUCGCCUGACCCUUCCGAGGCUGGGGAGAGCCUCUGGAGCUACCGUGACCCGUAGGUCGAUCGAUCCAAUGAUCCAGCAUGGCGUCGCUACUUGCUACAGCACUACUACUACUAGUCUAAGUCUACUACUGAACUUGGAAGCUGAAAUAACGAGGAUAGAGGUAAGGAGGCGCGUACCGGCGUGGAGAUACCUUUUUUUCUCUCCGGUAACGCAUGCAGAUGCCCGGUUUAUUGUCUGCCCAUCUCCUUCUACCUCCUCUCUCCUUCUCUCUAUCUAGAGUAUUUUUCCCCCUUCCUGAUUGAAGUGUUUUGGACCUUCUGGCUUGAUGAAAGCCGGGAGGGGGGAAGGUCUCCCGUUUCACUAGCUUUGGCUCUGUUUGGAGUAUCCGACCAUGGUAGUAUAUAAACCUGUAACGAGAUACUUCGUUAUUAUGCCAA